AUGGUGGCAGUAAGAGGUGAAGGCCGUGGAAGUUUUAUAGCUGGUUCUUCCCAUAGAAAUCAAAGAAUCGAAAGGUUAUGGCGAGAUGUGUUUAGAUGUGUUUGUCAUCUUUAUUACUAUACAUUCUACGCCCUUGAACAAUCCGGUCAACUAGAUGUAGAAAACCCGAUUCACCUGUUCUGCCUACAUUAUGUUUUUUUACCCCGAAUAAAUGAUGCGUUAAAAGAAUGGAUGUACAGUCACAACCACCACCCAUUAUCAACAGAGCGCAGCUGGUCACCGAAUCAAAUAUGGUUAAAUGGUAUGCUAAAUCCAUGCAAUCCCUUAGCUCAAGGAGAAGCAGAUGACUAUCCCGAUGAACUUGGAUCUUAUGGUGAUGAUUCAGAUUACUCUCCAUUUGAUGAAUCAGAUAAUAAUGUUCAAGUGUUUCCACCAAAUGUUGGCGAUAGAAAUCAAGAUUUGAUAACGCAGUUGGAAAGAAAUUUAAAUCCGCUACAGGAAUCCAAUUCCUUUGGCAUAGAUAUUUAUAGUAAUGCUCUGGAACUAGUAAUAGCAUUAUUGCACAAUGAAGCUUUGUAA